GACCCCGACCCCGACCCCGGCCUGACCCCGGCCUGACCCCGCGGGGCAGCGGGCGCCAUGCCCUGCCCGCCCCACCAGCCGGACCGGCGGCGGCGACAGCGGCGGCGGCAGCAGCAGCGGCAGCAACAGCAUGAGGAGGACCAGCAGGAGGAGGAGGAGGAGGAGGAGGAGGGGGGCAGGUUCCUGCUGCUGGAGCAGUCGGUGAGGGUGGGGGGCUCGGCCGAGGUGGACGUGCUGGUGGCGCAGAUCGGGGAGGCGCUGCAGCUGGGCUCCCGCCGGCCCCCGCCGCCCCCGCCGCCCCCGCCGCCCCCGCCGGCCCGGCCCCUGCGGACCCCGGGCGCCAAGCCCGGCCCGGGCACGUCCGCACGCCCGAGGGCCCGCCCCGCCCCCUACUGCCGCAAGCCCCCGGGACCGGCCACGGCCACGGCCACGGCCACGGCCGCGGGAACGGGCCCGGGCCCCCGCCCCAAGCCCCCCGCGCUGCCCCGGCCCGACGACGACGACGACGACGACGACGACGAGCCCCAGCGCCUGCUGCACCAGCUCCUCCUCUCCGGGAACCUCAUCAAGGAGGCCGUGCGACGCCUGCAGCGGGCCCUCGCCGCCGCCGCCGCCGCCGCAGGGGCCCCCCCGGACGGCCUGCAGUGACCCCCGACCCCCCCACCUCCGGCCUGCAAAGCCCGGAGCCUCCCCUGCUCGCAAAGUGGGGAGGGGGCGUCCGGACAAGGAGACCAGGAUGCGGCGGGGAGGAUGGGGGGCAGCGACGCUCGGGAGAUCCAGGGGACUUGGGGGGCUUUCCCCCCCCCCCCCCCGGAGCAUCAUCCCUUAAAACUAAUAAUGACAUUUGUUCCGCCCUUGCUGUGAGCCCAGCACUGUCCCGAGCGCUGGAGAAGGACGCAAGGCGAUGAGUUUGGCCCACUUGGGGCUCCCAGUCUUCAUCCCCAUUUCCCGGGUCAGGGCACUGAGGCCCAGAGAAGUGAAGUGACC